CGGGUGAACUAUUGGGUGGAUCCGAUGAGGCUCCUUCGACGGAUCGCCGGCUUGCUGGGCCUCGCGAGGGAGGAGGACGACGCCCGCAGAGGAAAGGAAGGCAGUGGCGGAGGAGGAGGAGGAGGAGGCGAUGGAGGGGGCGGCGAGGAGCGGACAAGAACGAGCGGAGCGGCGGGCUGUAGCGCCGCAGCCGCUGCAAGAGGAGGGUUCGGCGUCCAGGUUCCCGUCGCCGUCGAGAAGCCUGCUCUCAGCCCGGUCCUCGUCCCCUGCGAGCCCGGCGAAGGCGGCGUCCAGGGGUUCAGGUGGUACACAAGAAGACUCCGGAUCGACGAGGACGGGGACGUGGCGAACGAGUUCCUGGACGAAGUUGCACCUGAGGUCUCACCCGAGAACCUCGUAGUACUUCCCAAGUUCCAGGUGAAGCACAACACCCAGCCCACCGCCAUGGCCAUGAGAAAGCAGGUCAUCGCGGUGGACGGGAACAUCCACCAGAGCCUGGAGUACCAGGGAAAAUUGCAGUGGGCAUGAUGAAAGAUGAACCCACACCACCACCAGAUUCUUGUAGUAUGUUCUUUAUUGCCGUACAUGAACACAUACUAAUUGUACACGAAGGACGUGACGGAAACAGAAACAUUCUAGUUCUAGUACUUGGUGGCUGCAGGUCGGACGCUGGAAACCGGGAAGGUCGGCACGGCUACUCCCGGAGGAGUCGGAGUGGCGGCGCCGAUUGGCAGGUGGUGAUGGCCGCCAUGGAGCAAGUGGGAGCCGUGAUGUGCAGCGGCGUCGUCGCUAUGCUGGGCCUUCUCCUGGUGCAUUUUCAUCUUGGCCUCGGCCUUCUUGGCCUUGGCCCGCUCCUCCGCUGCCACCUUCUCCUCCUUGGUCCUAGCAGCGGCCUUCUCAACCUUCUCCUCGCCCUUGACUUCGUGCUCCUUUAGCUUCUCCUUGGCGGUGCUUGCCAUGUCCUUCACCUUCUUGACAGCCUGCAUUUCGAUGUAUGUCUGCUACCUGCGUGAUCUAUUGAUUGAUAAUAACCUGGAGGAGUAUGAGAGCAGGUGCCAUUGUGCUUUAUAUGUAUACAGGUCGGGGAGGGUAAACGUUGAUGGGGUGAACUACGUGGAAUGCAUGCAGCUCAUGUCGAGUCUUCUACUGCCAUGUUUUCGAGUGAAAAGGUAACACGUGGAAGUAGGCUGAGUGGUAAGACACAUGGCAUGAUAACAUUUGAUUUUGUUGUUCUUAUCUCAUCUUAGGAAACAUUUCCUGGACACAA